UCACAGUUGGUUUGCAGGCGGCGUGCCCUGUUCUGGUAAUGACAGCGAAGCACUGCGCACCGUUCAACCUGUCUUCCAGCUCACUUUACAUAAAGUGUAUUCUUUUCUUCUGACCUUCAAGAGACUACAGAAGUGCUUUCUUCGAUCUUUUAGCACCAGCAUGCUGCCAGGACUCACCUGGUGAUCGGUUCCCCACUCAGGAGAUAUGGCGUCAGGGCUAAACCCAGAGGAAGCCCCCCUGGACGAUGGAGUCAUCCCCUUGGACAUUGAUAACGUCCACAUGCUACUGCAAGUGGAGCAAGAACAGAUUCAGAAGAGAACCUUCACCAAUUGGAUCAAUGCUCAACUAUCUAAGAGGAGCCCUCCCACAACAGUGCUGGACCUGUUCUCUGACCUUAGAGAUGGGGCGUGCCUCCUUGACCUGCUCGAGGUGAUGAGCGGCCAGCGCAUGCAACGGGAGAGGGGCCACGGGUUUUUUCAGCACAGGGGUAACAUUCAGACGGCCUUGAACUUCCUCAAGAAGAAAUCGGUUAAACUGGUGAACAUCAACAUCCCGGACAUCAUUGACGGACGCCCCUCCAUCAUCCUGGGCCUCAUAUGGACCAUCAUCCUCCACUGUCACAUUGAGGAGCUGGCCAGCACACUGUCCUUCGGCUCACGUCACUCUUCCUUGGACUCCCUGGCCAGUCUGGACUCUCGCUCCAGUAGCCCUGCCCUGGGAAGCCCAACCCCGGGUAGUCCCGCCCCUCGAGGGCGCGCAUCACCCCUCCACGCCCGCUUCCGCGUCUCGGCCAAGAAGGCCCUGCUGAUGUGGGUCCGAGACCAGUGCCAAAGGGCUGACUGCUCCCUCAGCAUCAAGGACUUUAAGUGCAGCUGGCGCAGUGGGGUGGCAUUCCUGGCCAUCCUGUGUUCUCUGAGACCAGACCUGGUGGACCUAACUCAGGCCCAGUCUAGAAGCAACCAGCAGAAUCUGGAGGAGGCCUUCCAUCUGGCUGAGCAGGAGCUGCACAUCCCCCGUCUGCUGGAGCCCCAGGACAUUGACGUGAAAGACCCAGACGAAAAGUCCAUCAUGACCUACGUGGCACAGUUCCUGCAAUAUUCCAAUGACCUCCCCACACCACCCGACGAUGAUGACCUGCAGCUGUUCACCCAGGCUCUGCCCCCCUGCCUCUCUCCUAUCAAUCUGCCCUCUCACUUCACCCCCGCCAUCGCUGUCUCUCCCCUGCACCAGGCCUCACCCAAUCAAAGAGCCCGGGAGGUGACCUGCUGGCUACAACGGGCCUAUCAGGAGCUGCUGGAGGUGUGGGCCUCCACUGAGAAAAAAGCCUAUGCAGAGCGGUAUCAGGCAUUCCAGGCAUUUGCGGUCUCCUUCAGUGAGCAGCGGCGGCCAGUGAUGCCCCUGUUGGGAGCCAUGCGACGCUGCCCGGAGCCCAGCGAGGAGCAACGUGCCCUAAGAGCAGCCUGGGACCGCCUGGAAGAGAAGCUGCGACAGUGUAAGGCCGAGCUGGAUACGUAUCUUCCUGCUCCGAUGGACUUUGUGGGGGCGUGGCUUCACCGUAUGGAGGCAGUACUAUCUGAAGAGGGAGGAGAUGCUCAGGACCACGCCCGUGCUGCCAAAGAAGCAAGAGUCAAACAGGAAAAACUCAAGAAUUCAAUGGUUGAGUUGAGCAGCCACCUCAACAUCCUUCACACGUUCUGCAACCAGGCUGAGACCGGUGCCAUACUCGUGCCUGUGGAGAAGUUAGAGGAAAUCAAGAGACGUUUCACCAACGCCCGUGUCACGGCUAAGUACCACGGGAUCAAACUGGAAUACCGGGAGCACCGGCACACCGUCCUGGAUCUACUGGCUCGGAUUGGUGCCAAGUUACGCUCCUGGAAAGGGCCCUACAGCUCCCAGGAUGCAGUGUGUCUGCUCCUACAGGACUGGCAUGACACAGUGGAUCGCCAAGGCCUAGUUUCUCAUCUGAUGGAUGCCCUCCAAAAAUUGAAACAGACAGCCAGCACUUAUACAAGCAAGGCAGCUCUGGGUGAGGAUGCCCAGCUCAUCAGUAGGCAGGUGAAGGAGGCAGAGAGUGACAUUGCAACGAGCACAGAGGAAGUGGCGGCAGUGAAAGGCACCAUGGGACGUGUGUUGAGUACCUGGGAGGCCUACAGCAAGAACCUUCCCCCCCUACAGACGUGGCUGGCUCAGGAGUCACAGUCACUUAUACAGUCCUCUGGGACAGAGGGGACUUCCCAGCAGGUGUCCCAGUGGAGCACCCUACAGGCCUACCUGAACGAGGUCGGUAACUUCCUCAUCGAGGUCACAGACCCAUCUACCAGCAAAGCCCUGGUAGCCGAACUUAGUAAGCUGAACAUGCAGUGGGCCGACUACAUGAAGAGGACUAUGUUUGAGGUAUCAAGCCAGCCCAGUGCUGGUCCUCUGACCAUCCAGGCGGUGCAGGCUCUGGCCCAAGAGGCAGGCUGGCUGCUGAGGGAGCGCCUAGAGGUGGAGUCUGUCCCACUGAAGGCCUACAAGAAGAGGGUGCAGCUUUUGAGUAAGAAGAUAAUGGAGGUGGAUUUGGGUUCUCUCAGCCCAUCCCCAGACUUUCCUGUGGACAAAGUGGAGAAACUCAGGCAUACACUCCCAGAGGUUUGGCAGGCGCUGGCCAGAGCGGAAAGGACAUGCAGUGAUCUACAGAGGGCAGCGUCCAUGUUAGAGGGCCGUUUGGCCGAGCUGAGCCACUGGGGGACCGAAGCCCUGGAGGUUCACCAGCACCUGAAAGAGAGGAAACCUGGAAGAGAGGCCAAAGCACUGAUCUCUCGUGGCCUGCAGCUUGAGGGCCAGGUGGUGACAGAGGGGCAGGACCUGCAAGUCCUGGUGGAGAAAGCACAGACAAACUCCCCUAUUCAACACCUCAAUGCAGCUGCUUUGGAGGACAGAGUCACAGAAGCGGUUGCUCAGGCUCAGGAAAUUGUGGAGAUGCUUAGCUCCCUGGGGUCAAGGCGAGCUCGGGCUCCGGCGGGGGACGAGCCACCACCCAAGGUGGUAGUCCGUUGGUACUCACUGCCAGAGACCCAGAGGGGUUCAGUUGCAGCGGCCACAGCCAAGAGCAAGGGUGACCUGCCAUCCCACGCCAAGCCUGCAACUCAGACACCCCCACAUGGGCGGCACACAGAACCCCAUAGCCCACUGCAAGGGGACAGUCUACCCCAGGCCAUGAGCCAGCAGGCAGCCACCACCAAGGCCCUACCAGAAAGUCAACCUCACACCCAGACCCCAACACAGCCUCAGCCGGUAGGCCUCACUCAAUCUCAGGUUCAGACUCAAAACAAACCUCAAACGCAGCAAACUCAAACUCCCAUUGAACCUCGAGUUCAGCUUCUGGCCCAAGUUCAAACAUAUGCCAAACCCAGUGAAACUCAACCUUUGAACCAAAGUCACGAAGAGCGAGAGCAGCAGCCUGUGGGUCAAGCUUUGUCCCAUGUUCCCACAGUGCCCCAAACCCAGUCUGAAGCAACUCAAAAACAGACCCACACCCCCAAAUUCAGAGUUAAAGGCCAACUGAAGACCCAGAACCCUCCUCAACAGGGUAGCGACCAAGCCUCUCCAUGCCUACCGUUCAUGGUCAGUAGCGAGAUCUACUCGAAAGCCAAGGCGAUGGCUAGGAGCAGGCUGGAGAAGGCCAAGUUUCGCCUGAAAGAGAACAUCCAGGAAGCCAUCGUACUCUUCAGUGACCGAGAGAUGUCUGACUGGCAAGCCAAGAGAAAAGAGAGGGUCCUGGGUGCGUUGAGGCCCGCCGUCCUGGAGGAGUUCCUGGGGGCCGCUGAGGGUUUGGGGGCCCUCUGCUCUGGGGCCCAGCUCCAAGCCGUGAAGCUACUGUCUCUUUCAGUCAGGAAACAGUGGGAGACAUGUCUACCCACAGAGGGCGGUGCGUCCCUGAGAGGUGCAGAGCGCGUGGAGGCCCUCAGGGACCUGUGUGAGACCCUGGCCCCGGAAAGCGCACCCAGCAGAGCUGCAGUCCAGCGAAGGGAGUCAGGGGGAGGGCAGGGGAGCAUGCUGCCGCAACCGCAGCACGGUGCCACAAUGCCCCCGCAGGACAGCAGGGGGCGUGAGCCUGGAGAUCACACCCUGCUGAGCGAGACUGGCCAGCAGGCUGGCCCACAAAAGCAAAGCCAGGAACUCCCACAAAAGCAAGCUGGACACCAUUCUCAGGCUCUGCAAGACCAGAACCAAACCCAACUGAGAAAGAUCCGCCCACCGCAAGACAAGGGCCUCCCACUGCAGGCCCCGGAAAAACCACUCCCAGUCCAAGACCGCCCAUUGCAUGUCCAGGGCCGCCUACUUCAAGUCCAGGGGGGUCAUUUAAUGCAUGUCCGGAAAAGCCACCAACAAGGCCCAAAUCACACUCAGGUGAUCGUCAGGGGUGACAGCGUGGAGACCGAGCAGCAGGCACCUGAAAGGACAGUCAUCCCGGCCGCCGCCACCACCCCCCCACAGGAAGAGGGGUCGUUGAUGCAGGAAGUGGUGGAGAGGUACAGAGCUUCCCAUUCAGCCUUCCAUUCCCAGCUCCAGAGAAACAGACAGAGUCUGGAGAGAGAGUUUCAGCCCGAGCCAGUCACCACCUCUGCCCUGCACAGCCACCUCAAGGAGCUACAGGCUCUUAAGCAGGAGACUGAGGUGCUCUGGUUUGAGUUUGAGCUGCAGUCCUCCCAGGUGUCCCAGCAGCAGAGUGCAGAGGGAGGUGGACUGGAGGGGUACAGUGAAGGGUCCGAGCUCGUUCAGCAGUGGAGAGGCCAGCAGAUCUGCCUGCAGACAAGAAUGGCUUCUCUGGACACCACUGUGGAGCUGAUGGAAUCAGCAGACUCUCAGAUAUCACUGAUCUCAGACCAGCUCGACCGCAUCACCAGGCAGCCCAUAGCCAUCUCAGCCUAUGCCCUGACUGAUCCCUGGACUGUGGCGGACUUUAAGGAAAUGGACCAGCGGCUCCAUGCAGAGCUGAUGUGCGUGUCAGGGCAGACCUCCGAGGGGGAGGCCCUAGACCCCUCUAUGCCCCCGCCCCUCUGCCACGCCCUCCUGGGCUGCAGCCACCGCCUCCACCAACUCAGACAGACACUGAAGAGGGUAAGCUCGGCCGCCGGGGCCCUCGAUCGCUUUCUAGCCAAGAUACGAGAGGCCAACGCUGGGAUACAGGCUGCGCUUGUUCCCUUGGACCACUGGCAAAAUGGAGAUGGUACGACCCGGGCCCGAGGCAGGCAUUCCGGGCUGCUGUCUAUCCGGCAGAGUGUGAGGAAGGCUGGGGAAGAAGCCGGGAGCGUGGAUGGUCUACUGGAGGUGGCCGGAAUGGCGUUGACGAUGGAAGGAGCUGCUGCGACUUGUCGUGACACAGUGGCAGCAUUGUCACAGCGACUGGAUGAGGCAGACCUCGAGUUGGCCGGAAGAGGAAUUGGGAGCGGACAGAAGCAGGAGGAGGAGGAGGAGCUAAGCCUUAAAGGGGAGGGGCCUGACAUGCAGAAGGCCCAAAGAAGGAGGGAAGAGGAAGAAUCAUCGGGCCAUAGGAGGAAGGGCCAGGUGGAAGGGAAAGAGGGGGAGGAGAAGAGGAGUCCAGGCCAGAGGAGGAUGGCCCUACUGGCGGUCCUGAGGGAGAUUCAGAGGGCAGUGGAGCAGCAGGGACUGAAGGAGCCGACACUCACUGCAGUGCAGCACAGGAUGCGUGCAUUGGCAGACCUGGAGGGGCGUCUGGCUGCGCUGCGCUCUGAGCUGCAGAGUCUAGAGACUGCAGACUGCUUGGCUGCGCAGACGACCCCCAGCCCCAAAAGCGGCAGAGCCACACAGGAGCUGGAGACAUUGUGGGAGGAGACCCAUAGAGCCAUUACAGAGAGGCUGGGUCAUUGUGGAGGUCUAACAGAAUUACUGAAGAGGUUCCAAAUGGUACGCGGUCGUCUAAGCAGCACCUUACAGAGGGCCGAGCGCACCAUCAGUGAACAGGCCUCGUACAUGGGCAAAGACAACCUACAGAGGCUCCUUAUUAAGGUCCACAGCACCAAGGCAGAGUUGAGUGGUCUCGGGGAGGAAGUGGAGGAGAUGCGCGGCUUCUGCAAGCAGCUGCAGUCUCAGCUGCGCCAGAUCCCUGACUGCCCUGACACUCCGUUUGAGAGCGAGGCUGACACCCUGAUGGACAACUGGCUAGAUGUGACAGAGAGGACGGACACUCACCUGGACAACCUGCGCAUGGGGCUGGACCUGUGGGAUGGGCUGCUGCAGCUGGGCGGGGAGGUGGAGAGCUGGACCGGCCACAAAAUGGCCUGCUUGGUGCAGUCACACCCCUUCCACAGCGAACAAGAGGUCACAGCCAUGCAGGACGAGAUCCAGGUCCAGGAGGAGAGUAUGGGGCGCUUUCACAGGAGGGCCUCUGAGAUCCAGGUCUUGUUGCAGAGCAAGGAGCCCCCACUGGAGCUGCAGGUGAUCGAGACCCAGCUGAGGAAGAAGAUGGAGCAGGUGAAGGAGCUCUUCUCCGACCUCGGGGACGUCUACAGGCACCUGGUGGUGGCCAAGGGACAAGUGGCAGCCAAGAUGGCAGAGUGUCACUCCUCUCUUCAGGGCAUCCAGGACUCACUGGACACGCUCAGUGCUGCCGAGGGCCCAAAGCUCCUCACACAGAUUCAGGAGCUGUCUGCACAGCUUCAGACAUGGGGAAAGCAGGCGGAGGGCCUCCUGGAGGAGCUGCACCUCAUGACCUCUGUGGCCAGCCCACAGAGCUUGCAGAGCCUAGCUGCAGAUGGUGUCCGGCUGCAUGAGCUCGUCUGCGCAGCCCGUCAGCGCCUCAGUGAAAUGAGGGUGCAGGCCCAGAGGGAUAUCAAGGCCCUGCACAGUCUGCAGGAGGAGUGUGCCCGUCUGCAAGAGUGGUUGCAAGCUGCAGUGCUGAAGGUGGAGAAAGGGGAGGAGCUUAGCCACUUGCAGGAGGAUGUAGUCGAACACAGUAAGCACACAGAGGCCCUCAGUAGACGCAUAACAUCCUUGCAUGGGAGCACCCUAAAGCAUUCCCCCCUACUAAAAGAGAGUGAGAAACUUCUAGAGCGCUACCACAGCCUCCGCACCCAUCUGCUUUCCUCCAAGGAGAACCAGAGCUCUCUGACCAGCCACACCCAGGCCUUCCAGACUCUGGCCCAGGACACCCAAGCCUGGGUUAGAGUCUUGCAACAGCAGGCUGACUCUCUGGCCACUGGAGCCCCAUGCACACACAGCCAGGCUGAGCAGAGACUACAGGCUGCACAGAGCGUGUUGAGUGCCAAGGCAGAGGGAGAGUCUCGUAUGGAGGAGCUGAAGGAAGCAGGCCAAAGGCUGGCCCACAGGCCGGGCCUGGGUGAGAGUCUGAAACUGGACGUCAUGCAGACCGUCAGUUACACAGAGGUGCAGUGGGGAGCCAUACUGCAGUCUGCAGACCAACACCACAGUCUCCUGCAGGGUGAGCCCGAGCUCUCCUCCUCUCUUCUGGUCCAGAGGCAGCAGGCCCGGUCCAGAGUAGACCAGCUCCAGCACCAGACUACCCAGCUCUCCAUGUUCUUUCCCUGGCCCGGCCUGGCUCAACACAGGAAGGCUGCCCAACAGGCCCGGGCACUACUGGACCAGGCCACAGCCUUGGGGCCGGCCUUCUCUGCCUUGGGGGCCCAGAGGAAGGAGCUAGCCCAGCGCACCAAGGACCCCAAUUGGGAGGACCCUUCCUGGGCUACACUAGAGGAUUGCCAACCCGCCUUGGUCAAAAAGCUCCAUGGAAUGUGUGUGAGUCGUGAGGGAGGCGUCCGUAAUGAGGAUCGCUGUGGCCAGCUGUUGCAGGACUGCCGGCACACCUUGAACUCACUGCAGGAACGGAUGCUGGGUAUUGAGUCCCAGCCCAGAGACCCUAGUGUCCUGGAGACUGAUACAGGGGCUGUGGAGGCUUUGCAGGAGGCCAUGGGCCACAUGGAGAAAUAUUUUGUGGAGCUCGAGUCUCUUAAGGACAUUCUGCUUGCCAGCUGCACCACCAAGGGUCAGGCCGCUCUGUCUCAAGAAGUCAAAGAUCUCCAGGACCAGAAGGAGGAGUUGGAGAGGGGCGUCAGCUGGCUGGCUCAACUACAGGCAGAGGAGCAGGUAGCCCGACGAGACCAGCGAAUCAGGGAGGAGGUUGACAACCUUCAGAGGGCCCUACAAGGCUCGGCUGAGCGUUUGGGGGACGACCCGGAAACGACCGAAGUAUUCACUGAUGUCAGGCAGCUCCAGCAGCGCUGGCGCGUCCUACAGGACUGUGACCAGAGCCUGAGGGAGCUUGUGGCACGGCUUCAUCACCUGGAGAAAGAAGUAGGGUCAGAGGACACAUAUGGAGAAUUUCAAACCGAUGUGACUUUGGCUGUGGAUACAGUGGCCAAAGACUUAGACAGCCUGUGUUUCUCUCUACAUGAACGAAUGCAGGUUUUUUCAGGCGGCAUGGCCCAUAGAAUGUCUGGGGCAAUAUGUGAACUGCAGCAGUGGAACCAGGCAGCACAGUCAAAUCCCCGAAAGUCUAUACAGGCUACACUGAACAAUGGGAAACAACUCCAAGGGACUCUAAAGGAGGCGCUAUCACAGUUAGACCUCCUAUUGGACUGUGUCGGAAGGGAGCGCGUGGAGCAGUUCGAGAGAAGGGCUGGACAGGCCCUUAGCAACAGUGCAGCUCUCCUCACAGCCCUAGCCCAUUCCCAGGCGUCCCUAGUCAGCACAGAGGUGGAUGCAGACAAUAAGAAACCAAGCAACACACGUGACAAAGUGCCAUCUUGCAGCGAGGCAUCCCUUUUGUCACAACCCGUCGAGAAAGUGACCUCAGGCGGGAUCAAACCUCUUCAGGCUAAUAAUGACUCAACGAAAGAUCCGGAAAAAGAGCAAGCUGAAAGCAGAGUACAAAGCAAAAGAGCCCAUACCGGAAGAACAAUGGAUGCUGUUAAAAAACCUACCAAGAAAGUGAUGAGCGACACUGAAAAAAGAGCAGUGGACAAAGAAUAUGGCAAAUACUCAUUGAAGGGCUGGAACAUCCAGCCGGUAGAGAGAGUGGUCACAGACAUGGAGGAUGGGGAGAGUCAAAUACAAAUUCCCAUGGGAGAAACCUUAACCCAAACUCCCAGCGCUGAUAUCUCAGCCACUGUGGUGGUGCCAGAGACCCCGGGCACUAGCCAGUGUGGGCAUACUGUAACAGAGAUAACACCUCACCAUACAGAACCAAUCGAUAGAGAGGGAACCUCAUCUCCGACUCCGCACAAAGUGUUCACCAUCAUUCUGGACACAGACCUCGAACGACAACACCUUGAUGACAUGUCUACAGCCAACACUUUCCAAAGCAGACCAGGUUACCAUGGCAAUGACGAUAUUGUACAUACAGAGGCAGCUCGACAUGGCGACAGUGACCAUGCAAACACUGUGGUUGUAUGCACUGGAACAUCAGUCAGAGGAGGUCAAGAGUCUUCAGUGCCAGAUAAAGGUGCGCAACUCACUUACACUUUUUCUGUUGUCAACCAGAGUGACAAGACAAAACAAGAUUUGACUGAGCCUCCCCAAAAAGUGGCCACCAUCUUCUUGAAUGCAGGUGUUGCACGUGCUGGGAAAUGUAUUGUUCAGGAAGCCGAGACUCUACAUCGUGACGUCACUUCCUUGACCAAAACGGAAUUAGGCAUUAAAAGUAGUGUGGGGCUACGGACAGAUCCACAGUCGGACCCUGUAAAACAUCUCAUGCCGCAUCCAGAAAGAGAGCAGCCAGAGAUGCACGCAAGACCCACAGACAAAUCACAGUCAGAUAACAAAACACAACGCACAGAGGAAGAGUCUAGAGACUGCUCUGAGACAAAGAAAGUGUUUACAAUUGUUUUGGACAUGGAGCUACCUCGGUCUCAGUCCAAGGACAUUCAAACCAGGGAGCCUCCUUGUGGUAAUGGCUCAGACACGUUUAGCUCUGGUGACUUUGCUUCAAAAAUGACUGAUAGUUCUAUCACUGGGAGCGCCAAGAACACAGACGGCGGGCGGCACGUCAAGUCAAAGCACAGGGGAUGGAGGGAGGCUGAUUUUAUGAGCUCAACGUCCAAGGGCCACAAAGUGAAGAGUUCCAAAGGCCCCUCAGAAUCACACACAGAAUCAGAGUGGGAGCAAUUGCAGAGCCCCAAAACAAAAGGUCCGGAAUCAAAAUGCUCUGAAUCAGGGCUCGCAGAGUCUAAGUCCGCUGAAUCGGCACACACCGAAUCCGAGUCACAGAGACACUCUGACAACACUGAACCAGGAAGUGUUGAUGACGUAAACACAGUCGCUAAAGAUGCCAGACAGACACAAAUGACAGACAGCCAAAGAACUAUAAACUCAGGAGCCUCUGACAGAAUUAAGGAGACUACAGACAUCACCUGCACUACAGACAGCAAAGAUAACAGACAGACUGUGAGCAAAAACACUGGAAAGAUAGAUGCUACUGACAUGCUACAGGUGAAUGACCUCACACAGACAGAUGUCAGUCAGACAGAUGCCACGAGAGACAAUACACAGUUGUCACAAGUCCAUUCACCAGCGUCUGCAGGCACAGAGAUCGAGCCCAGAGAGGGGACAGAAGGGACAGCUCCACAGGAACAGCUGCAGGAGGGGAGUGAAGUCAAGACAAGUACCUCGGUCCAGACUGGGGGGUUGCUAUCAGAAGGCGUGGUGAAGGAGGAGAGAGUUGGGGGAGCGGUGCGCCCGGAGAUCCCACGAUACAGGUCCACCAUGCAAGGCAUCCUCUCUGAGGUCCAAGGGUUGGUGGAGAGGAAGGCCAUCAUCAAGGGAGGCCAGUGGAUGGAGGCGGAUUGGUACCUGCAGCCUUUGGCCAGAAAUCCAGAGAUCCAAAUAGGGCGCACUGUCCUCAGGGUUCUAGGAUGCCGCUACCAGCCAGCCCAGCUCAACCCUGCCACCAUGGCCUGGCAACUGACGGAGGCUGAGGACUGCAGAUGCUACGUGCUUGAGCAGGUGGCUGCGAUAAACCAUGUGGUCGGUGAACCAGAGGUCGCAACGAAUCUGGAGGGGCGAUGGAGUGCAGCCCUGUUGGAUGCCUCAGCCACAGUGCAGGUCAAAGAGGCUCAGCUCCACCUGGUCACACAGUACCACAGGCAGACACAGGCCAUCCGGAGCAUUCUGGAGAGAUGGGCAAGCGAGAUGGAUGAGCUACAAUUGGACACUCGAAGCAGUGCGCUUCAGGCUGAAAAACUACAUACUCUGUUAUGUAACAUGGAACAGCAGAAGGGCAUGAUGGGGGAGCUGCUCCAGGUGUGUUGCCAGGUGUCUGUCCACCUGAGUGAAGCCGAGGGGUCAGGGGCGCUCCUCGCUCAGCUAGGGGAUCUGCAGGAGGAGUGGAGGCUUUUGGAGGGGGCCGGGAAUAGAGCCCUGAGGCAUGCCUCAAUUGGUUCUUCUCAGUCCUCUAUCCUUCUACAAAAGGCUGAGCAGCUGCAUGGCAAGCUUGAGGCUCUUCAAAAGUCCAUCACCCUCUUACAGUCCUCUCAAUUGCAGCAUGACACUCACAGAGCUUUAGAGCUGACCUUUAUGACUGCUGACUUGAAAGCCUUCAACCAGCAGUACCUACAACUGCUGGGGCAAUCAGAGGCUUUUACCCAAUUCUCUCUUGGGCAGAAGGAGAAGAAGGAUGUGGAGUGUACUCUUCAGAGCUUGAGCUCCUUACUUGACUCCACUCAGAGGUUGCUCUCUGCUCAGUCAUUCUCUAUUGCAAACCCCUCCUUGGCUAAAAUCACCAAGCAAAUGCAGGGCUUGAUUAUCUGGGCCAAGCAGGUGGACAACCACAUCGCAGCAGUUGAAAGGGUAGCCCUCUUCCCUGAAGAGGCCCGUCUCCAAAUUUCCAGCAUGAGGAAACUGCAAUCCGAGAUUUUGGCAAGGCACUCCAAAGUUGAGGACCUGAAAGAACUGAUUUCGGAUGAGGGGGAAAUUGACAAAGUGCUGUCAUCACUGAAGACCCUGAAGGAUCUCUACGAAACAGUCUCAGACAACUCUGCUCGUACUCUGAAGGAAAUGGAGGCCGUUUUGGAGGAAAGAGAGAAGAUACUGGACCAGAUCUUUAAAGUGAACACCUGGCUAGCAGUGGCACACCAUGAGAGAGAGGUCACCGCAGAUGUAGAGAAUGUGUCCAAAGACACCACCUCAGAUCUGGAAAGCAAGCUGCAGUUUCACAUGGGUGCCAUCAAGGAAGCAGAAAGACAGCUGGCUGUCACGGACGCCCUUUUGGAGACCUGCAUGGAGGUCUCUUUGGGGUUGAGUCCAGCAGAGAGCUACUUUCUGGUCAACAGGCUCACAGGCCUCCGGACCGAGGUGGACGGAAUGGUGGCCCACGUGAAAGCAGCCCACUGGGAGCUGGAGGAACUGCUUCACGCCCGGACUUCUUCGGCCGAGGAACUGGCGGCUGUCCAGAUGAGUGUGCAACAGAUAUGGGCCGACCUGGAGAGGCAGAGGUUCCCAGUGACAAAGGACUCCCUAUCUGCCAUAGAGCCCUUGACACACAUGCUCCUGGAGCACCAAUGUCAGAUCCAGGAACUCCAGUACUGCCAAGAGGCCCAGAAAAGCGCCCUCUUGCGUACCAUCGGCGAACUGCAGGAGAGGGUGAAAACGCUCCACCAUCAUGCCCUGGAACACGAGAAGUACCUGACCUACCGGCAGCGCAUGGAAGACUCCAGGGAGGUGGCAAAGGAGCGAGCUCAGUGCUCCAAAGACAAGAGAGUCAGCAUGGGGGAGAGGUUCAGGCUUUGCCAGGCUCUCCUGGUGGAACUUCCGCUGGUGAAGACCCAGUGCCAGGAUGCUUCCGACCAGCUCGAGGCCAUCGCCCAAGACUUGCAUCUAUCGGAGAGAACGUUGCUCCUGUCGGAGAGGCAGAGGAUCCGGCGAACUGUUGAAAACCUAGAAUCCUGGGAGCUUGCCAUCACGGAUGACGUCAAAAACCUAGAGGGAAAGCUUCUGGAGGGUCUCAGAUUCUGCACCGAGCUUCCUGCCAUGAUGGACCUUCUUCAACAGGUCAGGCAGGAGCUGACAGAGUCUGACCCGGUGGAGCCAGAUGUGAGGGCCAUCAAUAUAGCACUACAGAGGUGCUGGGUGAUCUGGAGGAACGUAGAGUCUGUCAUGCGGGUGUUGGAAGCUUUGGGGCAGAGAGAGCAAGUGGAGAUGAGCCAGUGUGGGGAGCUGUACACCCUGAGGAAUGACAUUGUGCAGAAGUGCCACGCAUGCAUGGAGAGUUUGUCCCAUGCUCGGGAAGCCAUGAAGGAUUACCACUGGGCUGCCCAAGGAGUGGUAACAUUCCUCCACGAAGCCGAGGCCAUGUUCCUGGCACCUCCAGGUGGAUUUGUGGACUGCACAGAGGAGAAACGAUACACCCAAGAGCCCCUAGCCUCCCUGGGGGAGAGUCUCCAGGUGCAAAUCAGCCAUCUCCUGGAGCUGUCACCACAGCAGGCCUGCCUCUCUUUCCCCAAGAGCGAGCAGCUCCACAUCCGGGUCCUGAGCCACAUUUUGGUGGAGAGGGCCGCACUCGAGGCCAAGGUUGAGCUCAGGAUGGAGGCCUUUCAGAGGUGUGCGGACAGACAAAGCCUCCACAGGAAGUGUCAUGAGGAGGUAUGGCAGAUCCUGAAGAACAACGAAUCAAGGCUCUCCGAGUGUACUGCCCAGGAAGUGACAUCAUACACCAACUGUGCUGACCAACAGGACAGAGCCAAGACACUGUCGGAGGAGGUGCUGUCUAUAGCUGGGAAGCUGGAGGAGCUGAGGGCGGUGUGCCCACUGCGGGGGUGCUGUGUGGGCACCGAGGGGGCACUGGGUGCCCUCUGGAGGCGCUGGGCGGCACUGCGGCGCGGCGUCAGCCUCCUCCGGGCGCGCUUAGAGCAGAGAGGGGUGGAGUGGAGGGACGUCACCAAGAGCAUGGCUCAAUGCAGCAGUGCUCUGGACAAGCUGCAGGGUGAGCUGCCGGACCCCACCACAGUGAGCUCCGCUCAGGGAGGCCCACUGGUUCUGCUAGUUCAGACGGAGCAGCACCAGGUUGGGCUAGAGCGGGAACAGCGAAUCCUGACCUCCCUGGAGCUCCAGCUCUCCCAGCUCCUGGGUGAGUCCAGCCCUCAGGAGACAGCUAGCCCCAUCCCAGUCUGCCAAAGGCUGAGGGAAAUGCAGGAGCGCCUUAGGAGCUUGAGAGAGCAGAGCAUGCUGGUCCAGAGCGUGGCGCUUUCAGAGGAGCAGGAGAGGGAGCGCUUGCAGGAGCAGAUCGGAGAGGUGGCGCAGCGAGUGGCUACCCUGCUCUCCAUUCUGGCAUCCCACCCCAGCACACGCCAACUAAAGGAGGUCAGGGUGGAGUUGGGUUCCCUGAGGGCCAGGUUACAGUGCAUCAUGGAGUGUGUCGGGACAAAGUAUGCCGCUGUUAUACCUCCGGAGGUGGAGAGACAGCUGCAAGAAGUCACCGGCUCUCUGCAGGACAUGGAGGAGAAGGUUGGCCAAGCCCUGGAAAAGAGCAGCCCACUCAAUAGGCUGAGUAGCAGAAUGGGGGAGAUCCGUGUCGGGCUAGAAGAGGUCCAGACAUUACUGCAGCAGAGGAGCCCCUCUGUGUCCGAAGCUGAACAUGUGCUAAAGUUCGUAUGGGACCAGCUGGACCAGUGGCACGGCCGGCUGGCCCUCCUGGAGGGCGAGGUGCAAGAGGCGGCCGAGGAGGAGCCGGAGCAGGCCCACCUCCUCAUGGACCAGAUCACCCAGCCGCUUCAGCUCUACCAGGACACGGCCCAGCAGGCUGAGCAGCGCACUGCCUUCCUCAGCAAGAUCCCUGCCUGCCUCCAGGAGUAUGAAGAUAUAAUCCAUAGUGCUGGCUGCUGGCUAGACGAAUCCCAGUCCUGGCUAGACGCUCCUGGCACCUACACCACAGCCCGGAGCCUCCAGAGCCAGGCCAACACACUGCAGAUGGUGCUGGAUGACUCGGAGCGUAUCCUUACCACUCUGGUGGGCUUCAGGACGGUGUUGGGGGAGAUCUCUGUUGUGUGUCACACCACUGCUAUGGAGGAUAGGCUGGUCCAGACCGAAUGCCAAGUCACCGCCAUGCAGCAAAACAUCAUGGGGCCAUUGGACCAGCUGCUGCACAUCACUCCGGAAGUGGAUGCCAUUGAAGCAGAGGUGAAGACGAUGGAGAAAAACGUGACCAAGAUCAGAGCUAUUUUAUCCUCCGCUGAUACAUUGGACAUCUCGCUUGAAGAACACCUCCACAACUGGCAGGUAAUCCUGGCCAACAUCCAGUCUAUGCGGAGGACAGUGGGGGAGAUCGAGAGCUGUAAGGCUGAACUGGGACUACCUCAGGGGGCAGAAGAGACCCUGAGUGCCUUCCCCAGAGCCAUGCAGCUCCUACGGCCCCUCCAAGAGCUGGAACAGCUGACACAGGAGCAGAGUAGAGCGCUGGAGGGCAAGAUGUGUGAAGUAAGGGAGGCUGAGGGGGACGUCCCGUCAGGCAAUAUGUGUGUGACAACAGAACCCAGUGCCUUUACCUUCAGCACACAUCAACGGGAUACGGGUCCACCGGGGACCACCGGCCAUCAGGAGGAUGCCUCAGAAGCAUGCCUCUCUGAGGAAGAGGAGGAAUACGAGGACGAAGAUCAUCACUCAUCAUCCUCUGACACGCUCACAUGCAGUUUUCCGGAGGACCCAGACGAGACUCUUAGCCACCAGGAGCUGGCAGAAUCAGUGGCUACAACCACCCAGUGGCUCCAGGAUAGUGACGCUAUGUCUGAAGCGCACACCGCCGCUGUCACUAAGGAGUUGGACAUCCCAGAGUCUUGUGUAGACCCAGAAGACACUAAUUCUGGUUUAAUAUCUGAGAAGAUACAACCAACACCUGAAAAAACUGACAGAGCACCUGGAGACACCCUUUCAUUACCGGCUCAGUGGAGACCCAUCUCCAAGACCACUGGACCAGAAAACAAGCCGACAGAAUCAGUCAGUAAGGACAUUACCAAGGAGACUGUGUCAGUAAUCAAGAAGUCUGAAUUAAUAACCAAGGCAACUGUCUCAUUACCUGAAACUAGUUCAGUGACCAUGGAGACUGGACCAGCAUCUGUAAAAGGUGGCUUGGCAACUAAAGAAACCGGAGAAGUACCUGUGAACAUUGGAUCAGUAACCAAAGAGAUACAAUCAGUACCUGAGACUACUUCUGUAACCAAGAUGACUGGGUCAGUAACCAAGGAAAUUGAGUCAGUUGCCAAUGGUCAGUUGCCAGAUACACCCAGCGACCCCCUUGAAGACCUGGACGGGAGAUGGGACCUCCUUCACACUCGGCUGUCUGAGAAACUUAACACCUUGAGGAAGAUUCAGGAAGAGGAUCUACAUGCGGCUACAGGGUCAAGGGCAGAGGGGACCGGCGGUGGCUUUGAUGGUCUGAGGGAGAUAGAGGUGUGUACUGCAAGCCUUAGACGACUCAGACACAGAGCAAGUGGCCUUUCCUCUACCAAUUCAAAGGAAGGUGGCUAUCCCAUGUUGGAUAGAGAGCUCUACACAGCUCUAUGUGCAGUGGAGCAUUCUCUGGAAACACUCACUGGCCUGUUGCUCAGUCCCUCUAUGACCACCAUGGAGGAUAGCCAACUAAGACUGCUACAGAUGGAGUGCCUCUCCUCGGAGCUGCCGGCCUUGGGUGAGGAGCUGGACCAUGUAAGGUCAGGCAUCAACCCAGAUCAGUUGUCUGAAGCACCAGAGACCAUAGCCCAGUGUGUGACCUGUCUUCAUGGUUGUCUCCAAACAGCCCAGUCAGCCCUCACCUCCUCACUGAGCCGGCUACACACACAACUGGGCCACAAUCAGGCAGGGAUGGAGCAACAGGAGAGCCACGUGUGCGUGUAUGAUGAGAUUGAACGUGGACAGAGUGACCCAUUCACACACAUCAAGGAUGUCCCCAUGCUGGAGUAUAUCGUCGGCCGGUGUCCCGAGGAUGCAGUGGAGCUGCAGCGGGUGUCCCAGGCCCUGCUGCAGGGUGUGGCCAGUCUGGUGGCGCUAAGCCGAGAGCGUCUGGCAGACUGUCAGGACCACCCUCCGCACAGCCGCACCCAGCUGCAGACUCUGCUCAGCAGGCACAAGAAGUUGUACCAGGUUAUGGGGUCCCAGCUGGCGUUGGUGCAGCGGCUGUUCCAGUGUGGGCCACAGGGGGGGCUGGUCGGUCAGGAGGAGGAACAGGUCCGGCUGGAGAAACAGGUCACCACUCUGCAGCAACAGGCUCUGGAGCAGGGAGCCACUAUGCACAGAAGGCUGCAGGACUGGACACAGUGGGAGGAGGGCUGUGUUCGGCUGAGCCGGCUGCUGGAGGAGCUGGAAGCCCUUAUCCCCUGCGAGGGUCCCAUGGAGGAAGAGGAGGAGGAGGAAGAAGAGGGGCUGCUACAGGAAAGACUGGACACCUGUCAGCGAGUGCUGGCCCUGUUGGAGGAGUGCAAGCCUGCCCUAGGCUCGGUCCUGGACCAGGGGAAGGCUCUGCAGGCCUGGGGAUGCAGUACCGGGGUUGGCGGCACAGGGGGCGUCCUGGAGCUGCGCUGGCGGGCCGUCCGCGGCAAGGCAGAGCAGGAGAGCCAACGCAGCUGUGACAUCAGGGACAACUGGAACAGGUUCAACAAAGACUCUGUGUCACUCACUGGGUGGAUGGGCAGUGCUAAAGAACGCCUGAAGACAUGGACAAGUCUGCCCGACGCCACACCUCAAGACGAGGAGCUCACCCGUAUUUACCUCAUCCAACUACUGGAGUUUUCAGUGGAGCUGGAAACCAAGUCAGCUGAAAAGGCCUCUGCGCUCAGGGCGGGCACAUUACUACUGCAGCUGAAGGAGGCUGAUGCACCGUGCCUGCGCAGACAGCUAGCACAGCUGGAGCAAACCUGGACCGAAGUCACGUCUGCACUUCCCAUAGCCCAGGAGAGACUGCACCAGCUCCUGUUGGAGAGGUGGCCACCAUGCCAGGUAUUGUCAGGCCUGGAGGCGUGGGUGAAGGAGACAGAAGCCAGGCUGGAGGAGCAGGGACAGGCCACCAGCAAGGCCUGCCAUGACGCGGAUCAGCUCAGACACAUACUCCAAUACUACCAGGGGUGCCAGGCAGGCAGUGCCAGCGGGCAACUCACCCUGGAUUUCCUGUGCCAGUCCGGACCGCAGUCAGUGGCAGCGUCGGACAACUCUGCCCGCUGCUCUGAGGAGCGCACACUCUUUGCAGAGCGAAUGGGAGCCCUCAACUUGAGCUGGCUCCUCCUAGAAGGGAAGCUGGGCAGUCAGGUGCGCCAUGCUGAGGAGCUGUUCCACACCUGCGCAGACAGAGAGAAGCGACUGCGGCGGGUGCUCAGCUGGGCCGAGGGGGAAAGAAAGAAGCUGAGGGAGUGGCAGAGACCUGUCAGUCAGACGCAGGUGGACAAGGCCCUGCUUGAGUGGGAGGCUGUGGAGGAGAAACUGAAAGACGUGUUUGUGGAGGUAGAGGAUCUGGUCCAGGACACCUGGUCUGCAGACACAGUCAACCAGGUCUGCACAAACCUCAACCAACAGGUUGGGAGCCUAAGGCCUGCUCUCCAGCGGGUGCGUGUUCAGUGGGGCCAGUUUGAGAAGGAGCUGGGUGAUGUUUCACUCUACACCACUAGGCUGCGCUGUGGUCUGGAACACAGCAGUGGCCCCCUCCUCUCCUCCCACCAGGUCAAAAGGCAUGUGGAGCAGCUACAGUGCCUCCAGGUGGAGGCUGGGAUGGGGGCGGAGAUGUGGGCUGCUCUGGACCAGUCGUACGCAGACCUGAGGGACGCAGUCAGUCCUGGAGCGGCCCAACUCCUUACUGAGAGACUUGAGGAGGAGAGAACACAGUGGAAGGCAGUAUUGCAGGAAGUGGAUGAGGAGCUGCUGAGAACUGGGGAUCUGCUGUCAUUCUGGGGGGAAUACAGCCGUUUGUCCGACCAGUGCUCCGUCCACCUGCAACACCACCAGGACCAGUGGGGGGCACUGCUCAGCUCCCUGUCGACACCAUGCCACGCCACACAGGACCUGGUUGACACCAUCAAGCAUCAGCAGGUUGGCUUUGAGGAUGUUCAAGGCAGUCUGGGCAAAGUCCUGGAAGCCUCCAAGCCUCUGAUUGGACAGACGGAGCCACUCGUCGCCGCCAUCAUCCAAUCAGAGGCCAGGUUGUUGUCACGUGACCUUGUGCUGCUGGGCCAGGCGUUGUCAGGGAAACGUGCACGGCUUCAGGAGGAUUUGGAUCAACGCCACACAAUCAACAGUAGUAUGGAUUCACUGGAGCUGCAGAUCGAGGCUUUGCAUCACAUGCUCACUUCUGAUGUCUGCAGCAUGGACAGUGUGAAGACUGCUCUGAUGGAGCUGAGCCACCUGCGUCCUGCCCUGGAUGACCUCACUGAGGCAAGCCUCUCUGUGACCCUGGAUGGCCUGGAAGCAGAUAGACUGAAGUCCCUGACCAGGAAGUGUGGGCAGGCCCUAUCCUGCACCUCCCACAUGAACAGAAAAUUGCAGGCUGAGGCCCAGCACUCCCAGAGCCUUCAACAGAAGUGGGAUAGCUGGGAGGGCUUCCAGGAGAAGAUGGAGGAGGACCUGGCCCCAGACGUUUCAGGAAACUACUCCGGCCUCCAUGAGCAACUGGCAAUCCAUCAGAGACUCCGGAUUGAGGUAUUGGCUGGGCACCAACUCUUGAGAGGGGUGAUCGUCAACACUAUGAGGUCAAUUGAAGACACACCAGAGGAGAAAAGGCUUGACCUCACCCUAAAGCUGGCCCAGAUGAGAGAGCGAUGGCAGGGGAUAGUGAGUGCGGCACAGCAGCGAAGUAGCCUGGUGCAUGAACGGCUUGGCCAGUGGCGGUUCUACACCCGGGGUGUGAGGAGGCUAGGGGCGCUGCUGAGAGAUGUGGAGGCCUUACUUCCUUCUGCUGCUCUGGCCUUCUGCACUCUGCAGCAGCUACCAUGUUCCCUGGAGGACUUGGGGCGCGUUGAAGAGACUCUCGCCCAACACAACGGCUUCUACAAACACACACUGGAGACAGGCAGGCUGCUGUCCUCCACGGCAGAGCUACAGACACAGGCCCAGCUACAGACAGAGUUACAGACCUUGCAGGAGGCCUGGGACCACGCCAGGGAGCUGCUGGGGGAAAGGAGAAUCCUGCUGGAAACUGUUGUUCAGAAUUGGGGCCACUGUCAGGUCAGACUAGUUGACAGCGCACACAAACUGGAGGAGAUCAGGGACAGGCUGAAGCAGCCGCUGCCAGAGAGGCUGGAGGAGCUACAGGGUGAAGAGAAGCUCAUAGAGGAGAACGAGGCCUCUCUGGAGUUGUGGGCCGGUGGAGUGAAGGAGUUGUCCACCAUGAAGACGGACCUGUCCCAGUACAUCUUGGCCGGGGACGCUACCCUACUACAAGGACAGGUGGAGCAGCUGCACUGCCAGUGGGAGGAACUCUGUCUGAAGGUAUCCCUGCGCAGGCAGGAGAUCGCCGACCGACUCAGCGCCUGGACCAUCUUCAACGACAAGAACAAGGAGCUGUGCGACUGGCUGACCCAGAUGGAGAACAAGGUGUCGGACAGCGGAGACCUCAGCCUCGAGGAGAUGGUGGAGAAACUGAAGAAGGACUGUAUGGAGGAGAUCAACCUGUUCAGUGAGAACAAGAGCCACCUGAAGCAGCUGGGGGAGCAGCUGAUGCUGGCCAGCGACCAGGCCAAGCAGGCCCAGCUCCACGGCACCCUGAGGGACGCAAGGGACCGCUGGCAGCACCUUUUCCACCACAUAGAGGCCAGGGUGAGGAAGCUGAAGGAGACCCUGGUUACGGUGCAGCAGCUGGACAAGAACAUGAGCAACCUGCGAUCAUGGCUGUCCCGCAUCGAGGCCCAGCUGGCCAGGCCCGUCACCUACAACGUGUGUCACCAUGAGGAGAUCCAGAGACGGCUCGCCCAACAGCAGGAGCUGCAGAGGGACAUUGAGCAGCACACGGAGGGCGUGGUGUCCGUCUUGACGCUGUGCGACAUCCUGCUGCACGACCAGGACGCGUGUGGUGGCGGCGACGGCGAGAACGACUCCAUCCAGCAGACCACCCGCAGCCUAGACCAGCGCUGGAGGGCCAUCUGUGCCACGUCCCUGGAGAGGAGGCUCAGGAUUGAGGAGACUUGGAGGCUGUGGUGUAAGUUCCUGGAUGACUACUCGCGCUUUGAGGACUGGCUCAAGGUGGCCGAAUGCACGGCAGCCAACCCCAACUCUGACAACGUUCUGUACACAGUCGCCAAGGAGGAGCUCAAGAAGUUUGAGGGCUUCCAGAGGCAGGUGCAGGAGCGUCUGACCCAGCUGGAGCUGGUCAACAACCAGUACCGCCGGCUGGCCCGGGAGAACCGCACUGACGGCGCCAGCCGCAUCAAGGUUAUGGUCCACGAGGGCAACCGCCGCUGGGAUGCACUGCACAGGAGGACGGCGGCCAUCUUACGCAGGCUAAAGCAUUUUACGGGUCAGAGAGAGGAGUUUGAGGGGACCAGGGAGAGCCUGCUGGUGUGGCUGACGGAGAUGGACCUGCAGCUCACCAACGUGGAGCACUUUUCUGAGACGGACACGCAGCACAAGAUGAAGCAGCUCAACGGCUUCCAGAGGGAGAUCACCCUGAACACGGAGCGCAUCGACGGCCUGAUUGUGUUCGGUGAGGGCCUGAUCCAGAGGAGCUCCCCGCUGGACGCCGCGCUCAUCGAAGACGAGCUAGAGGAGCUACACUCCUACUGUCAGGAGGUUUUUGGCAGGGUGGUCCGCUUUCACCAGCGCCUCACGCAGCCACCGGUGUUGAAGGAGGAACCAGAGCUGUUCGGCGGGGACAAGCCCCUGGAAGGGAGCUGCGAGCUGAUUGGCCGUCCCUGGCUGGGGCGGAGCCAGAGUCAGGGGAGCGCCCCUGCCACACCAACCCACCUGUUGGCACCUCCCCUGGAGUGUUCAGGCCGGGAGACACCCGUGAGCGUGUGUGACUCCAUCCCUCUGGAGUGGGACCACACGGGAGACGUAGGAGGAUCUUCGUCCCACGAGGAUGAGGAGGAGGAGGAGGUUGAGAAGGAAGAGGGGACCUACUACAGUGCCCUGUCAGAGGUGGAGGUUACAGAGAGUCCAGAGGCCUUUGUCAAAGCCACGGCUCUCUCACUGGGAGCUGGUCCCUCUGUUCCACUCAGAUCCAUGGCCAUACCCGAAUCUCCAAGCUGGCGCUCGCCAGGCGACCUGGACAGAAAGUACCUCCACCUGGACUCUCCCGACGGCCUGGACCCCUCACCUACACACACCAGCACUCCCUUCAAACAAGGCUACGUGCGUCUGAUGUCAGAGUGCAGUGGUAGCAUCAAAAGUGUCAAGAGGGUCUCCCUGAUCCUGGAUGAUGAGGAGCAGCCCGAGGAACAGGGCCUCACUGGCCUGACGACCGCUGACAAACAAUCAGGGGUGAUCGAGCGCUGGGAGCUGCUGCAGGCUCAGGCCAGGAGCGACCUGCUGUCUGGCCCGCGGGAGCCUUGCCAGCUGACCUCUGACCUGCAUGACAUCACUUCCUGGCUGGGGCAGGUAAUGCCGGAGCUGGAGAGAGUGCAGGUUCCCGAGACCCCCACCAGCAUCCAAGACAUGGAGGCUAGGGUCAAACAACUCAAGGAGAUGCAGAAGGUCUUUGCUCACUACAAGGCCGUCAUGCUGUCGCUUAACAUGGGCGGUCGCGAGUUGCGGGGGUGUGAUGGUCCGGAGGCCCGGGAGCUAGGGGAGGGCCUGGCUAGUAUGAACCAGGGCUGGAUGCUGGCCUGCACUGGUCUGGAGGAGUGGCAGGACAGUCUGCGUACCACUGUCAUGCGCUGUCAGGAGUUCCACGAGACGCUGCACUCCCUGCUGCUGUGGCUGGCCCACGCUGAGAGCAGGCGUUACACCGUCGACAUCCACCACCCGGACACAUCGACAGGCACGCUGUGGGAACACCGCAACACACUCACUGGCCUGCAGAAGGAGUUGCGGGCGAGACAGAGCCAGGUGAGCUCGCUCCAGGGGCUGUGGAGUCAGCUGCAGCCAGCGGAGGAGGGGGGGGGGGAGGAGAGCGUAGAGGCUCGGGAGAAGCUCCACGUGACGGCCAACAAACUGCGGACGCUGCUCCGCCAGGUGGCCCACGACCUCAGCGUCGUGCAGGAGCGCCUGGACUGUGGGACUCUAUCUGCGGGUCCGGCUGUGGCUCGAGCUGCAGUUGAAAAUAAGGCCAGAGGGCGGGCGGAGGGCAGCCAGUCCCCGUCUAAUGCCAGUCAAGAGGAGGGUACCAGUACCACACCAACCUCAGCUGGCAGAAGGGGGGAGAAGAGGGACCCAACCCCACCUCGCUCCUUCUUCUACCGCGUGCUGCGGGCUGCCUUCCCCCUACACCUCCUCCUCCUCCUGGUCCUUGUGCUGGCCUGCCUGGUGCCCCUGGCUGAGAACGACCACAGCUGCACACUGUCCAACAACUUUGCCCGCUCUUUCUACCCCAUGCUGCGCUACACCAAUGGCCCACCACCCACCUGAUACAAACACACACACACACACUGACAUGUGGCCUGCUUCCAAAACUAACCCAUCAAUACUCUCUGCUUAAGAGCUGGAGAGAGGAUAUUGUUACGGUCCCAACAUUUUCUUUUAAAUAUCUAUAUUUAUAGAUUUGAUUUUAUUAUUAAUUUAUUCCCUUAAAAAAAGCCAUACCGAAGUUCAGUUUCUAUCAAACAGUUGAUGUGAUCCACCCAUUUGGAACUCUUGCCCCUAAUGUCACUAGCAAGUACUGUAUUUCAAAGGAGACUUGUUUUUUAUGGGGUUAUGUUGUGUUCUGGUUGUAAAGAUUUAUAUCCUAAUGAUUUGCCCUUCAAGCCAUGUAUUGAAGUAGCAGUCUGUUGUUGGACCUAUCCAUUCCACAACAUAGCUUUAUCUCAUUCAAAAAUGCCUUCUGUAAGCGUCUAUUAUUCAAAUUUUGCGACCCUUUGACUUGGCUGUGCGAGUGAAAUGUUUAAUUGGUCGCACUGGUGCGAGCUGCACAUUCUACCUGGUCGCCUCAAUCAAAGCGUUCUAUUUUUUGGGGCGGAUAAAACCAAUGAAUUUGUUAAAGAGUAAAGUGCAUUAUCCUCAUGAUUCCUGUAAUAAAAGUGUCUGCCCUGCCGCUGUGCCUGCCUGUUUCGCUGGGACCGGCUGCUGUAAUGAGUGAGUCUCUCACUCUUUCUCCCCCCUCGUGAUUGUAUAACAUUUCACAAACAAAACUUUGGAAGUAACUAGUCUCAUCUUUCUGUAGGUAUAUUUUUUUUAUUUCUCAACGAUCAUUAUUGAGCUCAAAGCACACUGUUUUUUAAAUCAAGAUAUCUGAUAUGGCUUUGAAAUACGGAGAGAGAGAAGUUUUGCAUCGGCCAUCGCAAGUACAGUAAACCUCAUUGCAGAGUUUUUUUUAGGACAUUACAUUUACUGUUAGAUUAAUACAUGGCUACUAGCAGUAGGUGUUAUAUUUCGAGUUAGCGAUCUAGCUAACAUGUUUUGGCGUUUCCACUUCCUCAGGUGGUAAAAUAGCACCAAUUGAAUUAGGCCUAUAUAUAAUUUUAGUGCACAUAAUGAUUAAGCCAAAUUCAUCUCUAUUUAACAAAAAAAUUCUGGAAAUUCUGGAGCCCUAUUUUGACAAUAAAAUAUAACAAAAAUAGCCGAAUUGUCAACUCACUGGAUUAGGUUGCGUAUCAAAAUAUUUUCAAUCAUGCAAUCCUGCUUGGACAUGUUAGAAGUAACAACUUGUUUAUUGAAUACCAUUUCAGUAGUCUAUUGCACUUCUUAAUAAAGCAUUAUGAAUGACUUUAUAAAAUGAUGACUGAAAUGUAUUUUAUUGUGUG